AUGGAGGCAAAAGCACAGGAAGAGGAGGCUCUGAUCAGCCAGUCAUCGGGCAAGGACGCGGUCUUACACGUUAUUGCGGCCGUCGAGCUGUAUAUGAAGGCCGUCCAGGAGGCUUCCACUCCGGCCGCGCGGACACGGCUUAAGAAGAAAUGCCGAGAGUUGAUGGCCUAUGGCGAAAGCCUAAAGACCGCGCAGGCAGCUCCAGUGGAAGCCACCUUGUCUUCUUUGUCGUUGGAGUCCAAGCCGGAAAAUCCGAAUCCUACGUCCCCGCCGGAGCCACAGCCACAAACGCCGGCACAGGCUUCGUCAAGCAUCGACACCACUGCGAAGACAACCGCAAGUCUGGUUCCAGGCCGCAGUAUAGGUGCCUCCGGCCGGACUGCGCCUAUUUCCACCAGAGACCUUCCAAAACGCGAACAGAUUGUUCUCUUGAGGGCAUCCAAGCUCCAUGGAUCCGUCUUCCCUCCAUGGGAUGCGGCACCCAGCAACGACACCUUCAAGCUGGCGUCGUCUGCCGACGUUCUCUACGAGUACCAAAACGAGAUAUUCACCGGCUGGAAGCGACCAGUCCAGCUAUUUUCGGAGCCUGCAGCGGCGGAGGGCAAAGCGGACGACACACUAGUAACAGAUCGAUUUAUGCUCGCCAAAGAUGAGCCUGACCUCGUACAGGACAUCACGACCGACUGCUCAGUCGUCGCGAGUCUAUGUGCCAUGACAAAGUAUGCCGACGACCAUGGCGGCCCGUCUGCACUACUUGCAUCAAUAAUGAGCCCGUUCGACCACGACAACGGCCAGCCAGUAGUCUCCGAGAACGGCAAAUACAUAUUCCGAAUGCAUUUCAACGGAGCUUUUCGCAAGGUCGUUGUUGACGAUAGGCUGCCGUCGUCGGAUUCACGUGCCCUGUUUGUCGUCGACCGCCGAAACCCACUACUGUUGUGGCCUGCUCUCCUCGAAAAGGCGUAUCUCAAGGUGCACGGAGGCUAUGAUUUUCCUGGAAGCAACUCCGGCACCGACCUUUGGGUUCUCACCGGGUGGAUCCCGGAGCAAGUCUUUAUUCAGAGCAACGAAUCAGAUCUGGACCAAGUCUGGACGCGUGUUAAAGACGCAUUUGCACGCGGCGACGUCAUGGUCACCCUUGGCACAGGCCGGCUCUCUUCGGAAGAGGAAACACUGCUUGGCUUGGCCGGAGAGCAUGACUAUGCUGUCCUUGGCCUGGACGUUGAUAGUGACGGCGUUCGCCGGAUGCUGGUCAAGAAUCCCUGGUGUGACAAUCUUGUCUGGCGUGGAAGGGGUCUGGUUUCUGUUUCUUCCGCAACCAGUCCAUCGACGACGGGAACCUUUUGGAUAGGCUUCGAAGACGUCAUUCAGUACUAUGAGUCUCUUUAUUUGAAUUGGAACCCGUCACUGUUCAACCACCGCCAGGACCACCAUUUCAGCUGGACCCUUCCCACCAAGGCAAUGGCCCACUCGUUUGCAUCCAAUCCCCAAUACGCUAUGGCGCCAGACGCUGACGGUACCGUUUGGAUUUUGCUGAACCGCCACUUCCAGGACGCUGAACUCGAUAUCGUCCGCAGGAAAAAACGAUCCGUGUCCGCGUUCUUGGGCAAUCGAGGAAGCACGCCAUCGGACGCUCCUCCUACUUCUGAAUCCGGCCCAACGUCGUCCAGCCAGGUCGGGUUUAUUUCGCUAUAUGUGUACUCUGCCGAUGGCAAGAGAGUCCAGCUGGCGGACCGUCCUCGGUGGAUCAACCGUGCGCCAUUGGUAGACUCCCCGCAGACAUUGGUAUGUUUCGAGGCGCGCAAGUCGCUUCCUUACACGAUCGUUGUGGCCCAAUCCGGCCUGCCACUCCCUAGCUACUCAUUUACUCUGUCAUUUUUCUCUUCUGCAUCGCUGAAGGUUGAGCCAGCGGUCGAGAUGCUAGCCAACCAGUACGAAGUAUCCGACGAGUGGUCGAGGGCGACGGCUGGCGGCAGUGCAGCGUCGCCAGACUUUGUGCAAAACCCACAAUACGCACUUACCGUACCAAAGGCUACUCCUCUCAGCCUGCUCCUGUGUGCUGAGGCCGACGAUGUCCCUGUCCGCGUUGACCUAGUAUGGGCCCGAGGCGAACGGGUAGCGUCGCUUGCAGUGCGCGAUCUCGUCGUGUCGUCCGGCGAAUACCAGCGGGGAUGCGCCAUGGCAGCCGUAGCGCCACGGACGGCAUCCUAUUCUGCUGCAUCUGGGCUGGCAGCAUCGUCUCCUCUUUCGCAAAUGUCCGGCAGCGUAAGCAGUGGCAACGGAAGCGGGAGCGCAGGUUUUGGGUCCGGCCUCGUCGAAGCCGGCACGUACACCGUGGUGGUGUCAACGUUCGAGCACGCCCAACUGUCUCGAUACACGCUACGAGUCGGCUCGGCUGUGCCCAUCGAGCUGCGGCCGAUCCCAACGGAGGACUCGGGCAAGCUGCGGACGUCGCUUGAGCCGCUGAUGCUGACAUUUGACGGCACCUCUGGCGGAGGCCACCACGGCCUUGGGGAUGCAGAUGAGGGCGAGUUGCGAAGCCAGGCCGUGCUCGACACGCGCCUCAAUACGCGCGUGCGCCUUGUCGUCCAGGCCGUUGAACGGCGUGCACACGCCGUCUACACGGCCACGGCUGCCGCUGCUGCUGCUGCGAGCACGACCGCUGUGCGUGUCUCGAUCGAGCGCAUGGCCACCGGAAGCGGCCGACGCAGCGGCGACGUAAUUGUAGCGACAGGCGGCGGCGAGUUCCAGGACAUGCCGGUCUCUGGCCUGCGAACAGGAGAGGUCAAUCUCAGUCGGGCCUCGCCGUACCAGGGUCGAGACCUGACGACACCAUGGUUUCGUGUGGUGGUUGAGAUACGCAAUGGGCGGCGGCUGCCGAAUGUGGGCAUCCGAGUGGACAUUCUGAGCAGUGAUCGUGUGGAAGCACGUCCGUGGCAGGAGUUUUGA